CGGGGCGAGAGAGAAGACCUGACUAGGGACUCUUCAGCUGCGGUGGACCUGGCCGGAGCCCUGCUGGACCUCACGUUUUUCUCGUCCGCUCCCCGAGCCUGCACAGCCAGGUAAUGAAGCCGCUCGGGGAGGGACUCUGGUUCUGUUAGGCGGACACACAAACCCGGAAAAGCGCGCGGCACACCUCCGAGUGAGAUCCCGCUGGACCCUGGACCCCGGGCUGGCUCGGCCGGUAUGUCGGAUGCGCGGAAGGGGCCGGACGAGGCGGACGACAGCCAGUGCGACUCCGGCAUAGAGUCGCUGCGCUCUCUGCGCUCCCUGCCCGAGCCUACUGCGGCCCCAGUCUCCGGAUCAUCGCACAGCGGCUGCCCACAGCCUUGGAGCCGUGCUCCGGAGACCGACAAGGAACCAGAGGAGAAGGAAGAUGCGGAUGGAGAGCGAGCCGACUCCACCUAUGCCUCCUCCUCUCUCACUGAGUCCUUGCCCUUGCUGGAGAGACCCGAAGCCAAGGAUCCAAGCCCGCCCGCCCCAGGCUCGCCGCUGCCCCCCGCGGGAGGGCUGAGCCCUCAGCAACUCGAGGCACUCACAUACAUCUCUGAGGAUGGAGACACGCUCCUCCACCUGGCAGUAAUUCAUGAAGCUCCGUCAGUGCUAUUCUGUUGCUUGGCUUUCCUGCCCCAGGAAGUCCUGGACAUUCAGAACAACCUUUACCAGACAGCACUGCAUCUGGCUGUUCAUCUGGACCAGCCAGACAUCGUCCGGGCACUGGUGCUGAAGGGAGCCAGCCGAAUUCUGCAGGAUCAACACGGUGACACAGCCCUGCAUGUAGCCUGUCAGCGCCAGAAUCUGGCCUGUGCGUGCUGCUUGCUGGAGGAGCAGCCAGAGCCAGGCAGACAGCCUUCUCAUCCCCUGGACCUCCAAUUGAAGAACUGGCAAGGUCUGGCCUGUCUCCAUAUUGCCACCUUGCAGAGGAACCAACCACUCAUCGAACUGCUGCUUCAGAAUGGAGCCGACAUUGAUGUGCAGGAGGGCACCAGUGGAAAGACUGCACUGCACCUGGCCGUGGAAACCCAGGAGCGCAGCCUGGUUCAGUUCCUGCUCCAGGCUGGGGCCCGGGUAGAUGCCCGGAUGCUCAAUGGGUGUACACCUUUGCACCUGGCAGCCGGCCGGGGCCUCAACAGCAUCUCAUCCACGCUGUGCGAGGCCGGUGCUGACUCCCUGCUGUUGAACGUAGAAGAUGAGACACCUCAGGACCUGGCUGAGGAUCUCCUUUCAUAUUUGCCCUUUGAUGACCUGAAAAUCUCCGGUAAGCCACUGCUGUGUACUGACUGAAGCUAGGAUGGACCGCCACCUCUUCCCACCUGGAAGCUGGAGCCGAAGCUGCUGCAGUUGGGACCCAAGCAAUGUCGCCCUUCUGCUGAUGCUAGUCCUGGGGCUAGCGUAGUCCUAAAAUACGAUGAAGGAUUACAAAUGUGGAAGAGCCAAUCUGGAGAGAAGAACUUCCCAGGUGGCCUGGAUGGAGAUUCUUGAAAAACCCUCAAAGCCAUUGGUAUCCUUGAGGGAAGCCUCCUUCCUUCUGUUAAAGAGGGCAUGGGCUGAAUUUGCCGGCCACCAGGAAAAGGGGAUGAGAAAACAGACCCCUGAGGGGUCUUACCUAGAAUACCUUUGUGAGUGUGUUUGACACUGGGGUCUGAACCUAGAGCCUCCCCAGCCCAGUGGUAGGCAAGCUUACUGUCAUGGAGCUGUGUCCCUGCCCUCUUUUCAUUGUUUAUUUUGUGAUAGGAUCUCACUGAGUUGAAUGAGAUGGCCUGGAACUCACUCUAUAGCCCAGGGAAUCAUCUUUGAACCAGGAUCCUCUUGUCUCAAGCCUCCUGAGUAUCUGGAAUUAUAGGUCUGGUGGCAGUGGGCCUGAAAAAAUACAGAUAUCUAAAGACUUCAAACAUAAGGCUCCCAACUGAACCUUUGAACUUAUUCUAAUAUGACACUAAAAUGGAAGAGAGAGGCUUUAAAAAAAAAUGUUUCCUUUCUACAGUUGUAUGUAUAGGCAGGCCUGACCUGUGACUCCCAGGUAAAGACAGAGAGAAGGAAACUGACCCCCUGAGCAAGAGCAGGGCCUUGCUGGGUAUGGUAGGAGGCCUGAUGGUUUCCUGCCAGCACAGACACAUCUCCUUCAUGUGGAAAUGCCCAGGGCUGGAGAGUGAGAAAGAAGAAUAUUGCUGAGGCACACAUCCCUGGAGAAGCUUGGGGAUGUUGAGCACAAGAGAGCUGCAACUUCCCCCCCCCCCCCAUUCCACUGAGGGCCCUGCUAGGUCAAGCCCGUGACUGGCAUGAAGAAGGAGAAGAAAUAAACCACCAUAGUUUCCGAUGCUUAGCGCUUAUAAGCGCUAAGCAAACGCAUCCUGUGCGUGAGAUAGAUAUUAAAAUCAUAAACAACUAAA